GCGCGCGCACCAGUCACCUGCUGCCGAUCUUGCUCGAAGCACGCGCCGAUACGCAACCGCCAGAUGCCGCGAAACGCAUGCCGCGCACGAUCACUCAACUAACCGACAAAAAAAGUUGAAACCUUACUAUAACCGGGUGUCACAGCCCCGAUAAAUACUUUAUCACAGUGCAAUUUAUGUGUGUGUGUUCUAGACUAUCUAUAUUAAUGUGUUUCUAGUGCUUCUUCUUGAGACCUUCGCUUAGGAUUGUUCUAUCCAUGCGGCUGGUUGAUAUUGGGUCUCAAGAAGAAGCAAAUUUAACCAACUUAAGUGCGAACAGUUAAGAUGUGAUUAACAUACGAAGAGCAACGAUACAGUAAAAUGUGCAGCAAGGAUCAAAUAGGUCAUAUUCUCGGCAAGAUCAAUGUGGGGCUGCCGUCGUGGUCCCGCGGGCUGGAGGCGGCGGAGGCUGCGCGCGCGCGCCUCGUGCGCUGGGCGUGCGGUGAGCCCCCCGCGGACGCCGACCCGCCCCGCAAGAAGAUGCCACAUGCGCUGCGCCGCCGGUGGCCGCUCUGCCCCUGUUUGCAGAAUGACGAACCGCCCGAGAUCACUUACUGCGUGGUGGGCGGCGAGGGUGGGUUGGCCCUGCAGGCCGUCACACCCACGCACCCCAUGCCGCCCCAAGACGAGUUGGACGCCAAAUUCGCCGAGUUGGUGGAGGAGCUAGACCUAACAGCAGUAAACAAGGCAGCAAUGAUGGAGCUGCCGGCCGCGAAGAAGUGGCAGAUAUACUGCAGCCGCAGGCCGCCACCGGGGCAAGCGCCCCCGCUAGCUACCGCGCCGCAAGUCGAAGAGUACAUCAAGGCGCUCAAUGAAAUCGCUGACGCCUUCGCCUCAUCUGAGGGUGUGCCAGCGGCGGAAACGUGCGCUCUCGCGGACGGUCUGAAGACGGCCCUGCGGACCAGGGCGCACAGCUUCGUGCUGCGGUUCGUGAAGCAGGGUGGGCUGGGAGCCCUGCUGGACGCUCUGCAACGGGCGCCCCGGGACGACGCCGCCAUGAGGCACAACCUCAUCGCGGCCAUCAAGGCGCUCAUGAACAACACCACUGGUCGCGCGCACGUGCUAGCACAUCCAACUAGCAUUGAUCUCAUCGCACAGUCCCUCGACACAGAGAAUGUAAAGACGAAGGUGGCAGCGCUCGAGAUACUCGGCGCUGUGUGCCUGGUACCCGGCGGCCAUAAGAAGGUGUUAGAAGCAAUGGUCCACUUCCAAAAGUACGCGGGCGAAAGGGCUCGCUUCCAAGGUGUUAUCAACGAACUAGAUCGCAGCGUUGGCGCUUAUAGAGACGAACUGGGAGUGAAGACUGCAGUAAUGUCAUUCAUCAACGCCGUGCUCAACUAUGGAGCUGGGGAAGACAGCCUCGAGUUUAGGUUGCAUCUGCGAUACGAGCUGCUCAUGCUGGGGAUACAACCAGUUAUCGAGAAACUGCGCAAAUACGAGAACGAGACGCUCGACCGCCACAUCGAGUUCUUCGAGAUGGUGCGCAACGAGGACGAAAAGGAAUUGGCAAGGCGGUUCGACAAAGAGCACGUGGAUACUAAGAGUGCCGGCGGAAUGUUUGAACUGCUGCGUCGCAAGCUGAGUCAUACGGCUGCGUAUCCUCACUUACUGUCGCUGCUGCAGCAUCUGUUGCUGCUGCCGUUGGAAUACAGUCCGCACUCUCAGCACUUCUUACUUCUGGACCGGGUGGUUCAACAGCUUGUUCUGCAGCAGCCAGGGGCAGGAAGCCGGGCCAAUAGCGAGCAGGGAAGCUUACGGGAUCUCAACACUGACCCGGCCAAGGUCUACGAUCCCGAUGUAGCGCCACUUGAAAUCAACGUCAGCGAAAUAGUUCAUCUUUUAGCGAAGGAAGAAGAGUUAGUGGCAGCCAGAACGAAAGCCGAAAACUUAGAGAAAGAAAAUGUCGACAUGGCAACAGAACUCGCUAAGAAGGAGCGGCAGCUGGAUCAACUAGUGCAGGAGCGCGAGGAGCUGGAAGGGGUCUCCGCGCGCCUCAACGACCGCCUCGAGCGAGAGACGCACGCGCACAUGCAGUGUGCAGAGCGCGCGCGCGCCGCCGCCUGCCGCGCGCACCAGCUGGAGACACAGUUAAGUCAAGAAAGGGCAGAGAGAGUAAGAUUCGAAAAACUAGUCAGUGAAGGAAGUAUACCAGAUGAUGCAAAGGUCAGCAAUCUCAAGAACGCCGUGAUAGAAACUUGCAUACCUCCCCCACCGCCCCCGCCUACAUUACUACCUCCCGCGCCUCCCCCCGCGCCCGCACCCCCUCCAGCACCCCUAGCUCCCCUCGCCCCACUUCCCCCUGCACCCCCUAAAGCUAAAAAGAACGUCCCAACUCCCGGAAAUCCCCUGAAAAGCUUCAACUGGAGCAAACUACCCGACGCAAAACUACACGGCACGAUAUGGCAAGAGUUAGACGAUACGAAGUUGUACAAUGCGAUGGAUCUGCAUACGAUUGAUAAGAUGUUCUGUGCUUAUCAGAAGAACGGGGUACAGAACGAAGGUUCUGUGGAGGAUCUACGCCAAUUGGGAGCUAAGCCACGUACGAAAAUUCUUUCCGUCAUCGAUGGAAGGCGGGCUCAAAACUGCACUAUACUGUUGUCCAAACUCAAGAUGACUGAUGAAGAAAUCUGUCGUGCCAUAUUACGAAUGGACACCGGUGAGCAGUUGCCCAUAGACAUGGUGGAACAACUCCUGAAAUUCACACCAAGCGCUGAAGAAGCAGCGUUGUUAGAAGAACAUCAAGACGAAUUGGAUAGCAUGGCCCGUGCUGACCGCUUCCUUUACGAGAUCUCCAAAAUCCCUCACUACUCGCAACGUGUACGUUCUCUGCUAUUCAAGAAAAAGUUUUCCGCGGCAGCAGCGGAGGCGACUACUCGAGCGCAGACAGUGUUGAGGGCCGCGCGAGAUAUGACGCGAUCGAGGCGGCUCAAGGCUUUAUUGGAAAUAGUAUUAGCCUUAGGGAACUAUAUGAAUAGGGGUGCCCGCGGCAACGCAUCUGGUUUCCGGCUGUCGUCGUUGAACAAACUCGCCGAUACCAAGUCUAGCGUGUCCAGAAAUACUACCCUUCUACACUAUCUAGUCGAAAUGCUUGAAACUCCACAGUUCAAAGACAUCCUACUACUCGAAGAGGACUUACCGCACGUACGCGCCGCUGCCAAAGUGUGCGUCGAGCAACUAGAAAAGGACGUGAGCUCCCUACGCGCCGGCCUACGGGAGGUAGCGCGGGAACUGGAAUACCACGCGGCUUUACCCGCACCCGCGCCGCACGACGCCUUCCAGCCCGUCAUGCGAGACUUCCACGCGCACGCCGUCUGCGCCUUCACGCAGCUGCAGGACCUGGCCCAGGACAUGAAGAGUCGUCUAGAAGCGUGCGCGCACGCAUUCGGCGAAGAACCCAGCGCGUCGCCGGAACAAUUGUUCGGUGCGAUGGACGCAUUCCUCACGCAACUGGCUGAAGCUCGCGCGGAAUGCGACGCCGCAAGACGACGCCGCGACGAGGAGGAGCGUCGCACCAGACAUGAGCAAGAGCUGAAAAAGCGGACAAUGGAGCGCAAGCAAGCGUCGAGCCUUCUAAGCUCCGUAGGCAAAUCGCUCGGCAAGAACUCUGAUUGCAACGGCCAUGCUAACGGGGAUUCCUCGCGUGACGGAACCCUCACGAACGGUCAGAAGGGUGAGUUCGAUGACCUCAUCUCCGCGCUACGCACAGGCGACGUAUUCGGCGACGACGUCGCCAAGUUCAAAAGGUCCAGGAAGGCUUCCAAAGCCUCGCACAAGGGAAGGGAUUCACCCCCCAAGGGAAUUUGCCGCGAAGACUCUAGGGAACGCCAGAAGAAUUGAACUCGGGAAUUGUGACACCUACAAGGUGCCAGGGAAUAUGUAACUCUUCUAUCCAAGUAGACGUUUGAUUAGUCCGAUUUACACUUCUUGCUAAUUUCAGUUUGUAACUCGUGAGUUGAGAGUUCUUGAAUUGUAAAAUUUUGACUAACGACGUAUCGAAAGUAGUUGAUUUGAUUGUAAUUUGUUUCGUUUCCAACUGUUUAUUCUGGUUGGUAAACGGAAAAAGUGAUUGGCUGGUCCAAGUUAUUUUAAGGCGGACACUAAGAUCAGCGACAACGAAAACGAAAUAAAAAAUAGAGGCCAUUUUUAUUACUCUUUUAUAUGACUGUACUGUCUGUUAACCUUUCACAAACUAGGUGCCUAAUUUUAAACAUUUUUUAGUUCUACAUGAGAUUUUUGACGAUUUGGCUUUGCUGGCUAUCGACUGAUUAAGUCAAAGACUGUGCAUGUUAUUCCAUAGACAUAAUAAUUUAAGAUGUAUUGAUAAGCGAUGUGUGAUUUGAAUAACCAUAGACUAGACCAGAUAGUUUUUUUUAAUAAUAACUCGUCAUAUUCUAUCUUCAAGUUACUUGAAAAUUUCAAUGUUAAACAAAUUCAUCUUUAAAAUGUUUGAUUUUUAAAUUUGUCAAUACUUUUUACUUGUCUGCCAUAUGUUGAAGUAAGUUUUUAUAUCCAAAGGGCUAAUUUACUUUCGAAUGUAUUAAGAGUGACAAUAAGUAGACUCAAAUAAUUUGAUGAAUUGGGUGGCCUACUCCUUUUUUACUUAACUCUUACAGACGGCCACAAACAAUUUUUUUGAUAAAUAUUUUCUAUGAAACAUUAAUAUACAUAUAUAGUCUGAACUUAUUCACUAAUGGAAAUCCAUAGUGUGCCUAAACUUUUAUAAGCAUAAUUUGUUUAGAAAUAUUGCCGCUAUAAUAUUGUCAGCAUUAGAAUUUUCUUCAUAUCGGCCUUUUUUAACGUAUAUCAAUGAUGACAAAAAUACCAUAUCUCCAUCGGCUGGAAAUACACUUUAUACACAUUAUUAUAAGCACUAUAUGGAAUGGACAUAAAAUCUUAUUGGAUUUUUAAAUACGAUCACUUUGUGUGAUAAAUAUGAAGAAUUGACUUUUUAUUCCUAUAUUGUAUCAAAUAAUAAAAUUAUCUAGGUAGUAGGAAUCGAUGCAGACGAAAUUAUUAAUUGAUUUUGCAAUUUUAUAACGAGUGCAUAAUUUGGAUUGGCUAUACAAAGUAAUGGUACCAUGUUAGUUGAGGUUUUUUGAUAAAUUUACAUUGUAUUUUUUAUAUUGAUCUUAUAAAUCUUCAGUAUCUGAUUAAUUUAUUUAACUUUCCUUGAAUGUGAUUGUAAUGAGAAUAUGUUUUAGUUAAAUGUAUAUAUUAUAAUAUAGAAUUUAAUUUUAAUUUGCCGAUUUUUUGUUACCUUGAAGAAUAAUGCAUAAAUUCGAUAAGUUAUUGGAAUUUCUUAUCUAUAGAAGUUUAUCAUUGUGUAAAUUUUAUUGUUUUGUUCAGUAUUUCAUAAGCGAAUAGUAUAUUAAUAUAAAUAUUAAACCUAUAGACAUUAUUUAAUUAAAAUCCUUAAAACGAU